AUGGGCUCCCGCGACUCGCCUGGCGACUCGUCGGGCGGCGCCGAUCCCGCCGCCCCUACACCCACGCCACCCCCUGCUCUCUGCUUGGGCCUGUCCGGCGCCGUUGGAGCGCCGGAACGGCCGCCGGCUCCGCUCCUUGUCCGCUGCCCGGACCGCUCGGCUGCUGCCGGGCGCCCUGCUCCGCCGCCCCGUGCCGUCGACCUUGUCCCCCGCCCAGGUAUCGCCUUCCGCGCCUGUGUCGUCGCUGCUUUCCGUUCUGGUGUCGUCUUCGACCCCUCUGAGUCCCCUGCUCUUUCCGACCCCGGCACCGUUUGGGUCGUCGCUCCGUUCGUCGCCGGCUGUUUCUCUUGCGACGGUGUGUCCUCCCUCAUGUCGUAUUUCUUCUGUGCCCCCCCGGAGCGGCUGCGUGCGGCUCAGGUGGCGCCGCGUGUGUUCUCGGUUCAGGUGGCGAGCGCUGCGGUGGCGCGGUUCCUGGCGACUGUUUCGCCGGGGCUCCUCGUCGCCGUCAACCUGGGCGUCCACGCCUCCCUCGCCGAGGCGGAGGCUGAUGCGGCGUCUUCGCGUAAAUGCGCGGCCCGCGUGCGGUGCCUUCUACACCCACCCGCGGUCGUUGCGUCUGCUGCCACCCGUCGCCCUCGCCUUAAACCACUGUCCAUCCGCUGUCACAUCCCCGCGGCGCCGCAGAGGCCUUCACUUCUCCCCCUGCCAGCGCCGCUGAACACCGCCCCUAGUUGCGAUUGGCCGGGAUUGGACCCUGAGGUCGCUGACACCCGCCUCGACUGCCCUGCCUCCUCCCAUCUUGUCGCUCUAAAGGGGGGCACCGCGUGCGACGCGGGCGAACCAGAGCUCUCGCUCAACGGCUGCUUCCGCUGCCUCUCCGCCCGCCACUACGUCAAGGACUGCCGGGACCCCGUCCGGUGCCGGCGGGGUCGCGUCUCUGGCCAUCGCGCGUCCUCUCCUCGUUGCGCCAUGGCCCCGAAACGCAGCAACGCCCCCCCCCCCAAGGCUGCUUCCUUCCCCGGGCGCACGGGCGCGGCGCCGCCGCCUCCCCCUGCUCGCCGCCAGUCCACCCCCUACCCUCGCGCUCGGCCCUCGGUUUCCCCUGGGCGGAGCUCUCCCAUCCAGCCCCGGCGGCUUGAGGUGGGCGAGUCGAGCUCCGCCCCGCCACCCUCUGUGGGCGAGUCGAGCUCCGCCCCGCCACCCGCCGCGCCGCCCUCCCCGCCCAGCAACCACGACAUCUCCCUCACGGAGGUGAUCCGUUCGCCGCCGCCUUCCCCCCCGGGGUGGCCGAGGAGCGCGGGGCCCCGGACGUCCAAGUCCAGUCUCUAG